AUGGCACAGUCAUCAAUCCUAGAAAAUCUAUAUUAUGAUAAGCCGCUCAAAUACAAGCCAGACUUAAUCAAGUUUGAGAGCACAUAUGCACCUAAAAUCGAGAAAUACCGUAAAGAACUGAAUGACAGCAUCCCCCAUCAAGUGAAGCUUCGGGCAGGAACGAUAGGCGCUGGUUUAGAGAUUCCUGAUGAUUUUGAUAAUGUGGCUUUUAAACAAGCACAUGAAGUGGCCAGCAAAUCGGGACUUUUAUCAAAGGAGGAGCUGGCAAUUGUUGGGUUAGAAGCGGUGGAAAUUGUCAGUGAAAUAGCAGUUGGCGAAUUGACCGCCACGCAAGUCAUUUCCGCAUUCAUCAAGCAAGCUGCCAUUGCCCAGCAAAUCACCAAUUGUGCAAUGCAGUUUUUCCCAGAAGAGGCUCUAAAAAGAGCGAAGGAAUUAGACGAUUAUUAUGCAAAGCAUGGUAAAACAGUGGGACCCAUGCAUGGUUUACCUGUCUCGUUGAAGGAACAUUAUGGCUAUAAGGGCAAAACAACAAACGCUGGAUUUGUUUCCAUGAUAGAUAAUGUAACGGAAGAGGAUUCACUUGUCACAUCAAUUUUCAGAAACGCAGGAGCCGUUUUUUAUAUUCGAACAACUCAACCACAAUCCUUAAUGCAUUUAGACUCGUCCAACAAUAUUAUUGGCCGUUGUCGCAAUCCUUACAACACCGCAUUAUCACCAGGGGGAUCUACUUCUGGAGAAGGAGCGCUCAUCUCUUUGCUAGGAUCCCCUCUUGGGCUAGGAAGUGAUAUUGGUGGCAGCAUUCGGGCGCCUGCUGCUUUCUGUAAUAUCUGGGGCUUUAAGCCCACAAACAAGCGGGUAUCUCUGCAAGGUGCUUACGCGAGUUACCGUGAUAUGGCAAACGAUUUUGUUCUAUGUUCCGUGGGUCCGCUUGCCAAUUCUGCUGACGAUCUCGAGCUUUUCAUGAAGACAUUUCUGGGUGCAGAACCCUGGCUCAAGGACAACUAUCUCACGCGGGCGCCUUGGAAUUCAAGUGUAUCUUUGAAGCCUAAAGACUUGAAAAUAGGCAUAGUUUUUGAUGAUGGAGUCGUUGCUCCUUCACCGCCAAUUAUGAGGGCUUUGGAAAUGGCGAAGUCGAAAUUGGAACAAGCUGGCGUUGCCAAAUGUAUCGAGUUUGUUCCUUUCGAGACUUUGAAGGGCUUGGAAAUUUGCUACGCGGCUUACAACGUCGACGGUAAUUUGAAUCAUAGGACGAGAUUUGAAGAAUCUGGUGAGCCCUUGAGGCCCUUGAGUGAACAUCACAUGCGUUUCGGAGAAGGCGACAAAGAUUUCACCGGCCUAGAAUUAUUGCAAUUGAUUUACAAGCGUGACAGUUAUCGUCAACAAUUUGCUGAAGCCAUGAACGAAGCAGAUGUUGAUUUCAUUCUGACCCCGGCGUAUUUUGCACCGGCCGCUGUACCUGACAAAAUUAAAUAUUGGGGUUACACCGCUCUGUACAAUAUUCUGGAUCUUCCAGGUGUUUCGUUCCCAACCGGUGUAGUGACAGAUCAAGCGAUCGAUACGGUAGACAAGCAUUUUAGACCUCGCAAUGAAGUGGAGGCAUACGAAUACAGCUUGUAUGACGCUGACGUUUUCGACGGAUCUCCAGUCGGGUUGACGUUGCACGGAAGAAGAUUUUAUGACGAGGAAACGCUGGGAGCUGCGAAAUUAGUCCAAAAAAUUAUCUCAACGCAGGGCAACUAG